AUGGAGGAACUGUCAGCAUUCGGCGAGCGAGAACUCAUCCCUGCAGCCAAAAUGGCUCAGACAAACCCACAGCCAGCACAACCUGGCCCGUGGAAGAUUACGAUCUACGACCAAGACAACUUCCAGGGGAAACGGAUGGAGUUCACAGCCUCCUGCCCCAGCGUUGUAGAAUGUAGCUUCGCCAAUGUCCGCUCGCUCAAGGUGGAGAGUGGAGUCUGGUUCGGCUACGAGCACACCAACUUCUGCGGGCAACAGUUCGUCCUGGAGCGUGGCGAAUAUCCCCGCUGGGAGGCCUGGAGCGGCAGCAAUGCUUACCACGUCGAGCGGCUGAUGUCUUUCCGCCCCAUCUGCUCAGCGAACCACAAGGAGUCCAAGAUCACCCUUUUUGAGAAGGAGAACUUCAUGGGGCACCAGUGGGACGUGCAGGAUGACUACCCUUCGCUGCAGGCCAUGGGCUGGAGCAACAACGAAGUGGGCUCUAUGAAGAUUCAUUGUGGCGCGUGGGUUUGCUACCAGUACCCCGGUUAUCGUGGCUACCAGUACAUCUUGGAGUCCGACCACCACGGUGGAGACUACAAGCACUGGAAAGAAUGGGGCUCGCACGCCCAAACCUUCCAGGUCCAGUCGAUCCGCCGUGUCCAGCAGUAG